AUGCCUGUAGUAAUAUUUCUCCUCGAUAAUUCAGCAUCAAUGAAUCAAAUGACUCAUCUUGGCACAACUCUUUUUGAUAUCGGUAAAGGAGCUAUUGAACAAUUUUUAAAGAUAAGACAGCGAGAUGCUGCCGCAGCUCGAACAGAUCGAUAUAUGUUAUUAACCCUCGAUGAACCACCAUUAAAUGUUAAAGUCGGUUGGAAAGAACCAAUGACUGUAUUUACAAAUCAAUUGAAAAGUCUUGAAGCAACUGGAUUAACACAAAUGGGUUCAGCAAUAAAACAAGGAUUUGAUUUACUUAAUCUUAAUCGACAUGCAGCCGAUCAUGAUACAUAUGGAUGUGGGCGAUUUCCACAUUUAUUGGAACCAUCUAUUAUCAUUGUUAUUACAGAUAAACAAAAACUAACUACAUUAGCUGGUGUUCAAAAUGAAAUUAAUAUUCCAAUGAAUACAGGCCCGUUAGGUAGUGAAUUAACUAAAGAACCAUUUCGAUGGGAUCAACGUUUAUUUGCUAUUGUACUUGCAUUGUCUGCUACUGCUUCGUCUCUAGUUUCAUUAGGCAAUCCUAAUAAUGCAGCUGUUACUGGCCUAACUGAUAUACAGGCUAAUCAAUUCAUUCCAGCCGCUAUUGAUCAACCUAUUACUGCAAUGUGCGAUGUAACCGGUGGUCGUUCAUAUUUAAUUACAUCUCAACGAGCACUUCUUCAAUGUUUAGAGUCACUCGUACAAAAAAUUCAAAUUGGUGUUGUUGUAAAUUUAGAAAAAGUUAUUAGUGAAGGAGACAAUGAACGAUGUUCAUGGCAUUCAUGUCGAAAAAUGAUCAUGAUUCCACGUUCUUUACCCAAAACAGAAAAAACUGAAUAUAAUUGGCCAAUCCCAGAAGAUUAUUGGCCAACAGCAGCCAUGCUCUCUCUACCAUCGCGAUCGGCACAUGCUUUAAUUAAAUUUCAAACUGUGCCUUGUGCAACUGUUACAGAUAAAUUUCCAUUUGAUAAAUAUGAAUUGGAACCAUCGCCUUUAACACAGUAUAUUCUUGAACGAAGACAACCAACAAUGGCUUGGCCUGUCUUUGUUCAAGGUUCCUCUCGUCUGGGACCCACGGAACUUGGUUCACCUUUCGGCUAUCUGAAAGCAAGUACAAAUUUAACAUCUGUUAAUUUAUAUGUUAUGCCAUACAACUAUCCGGAGUUAUCAACACUUCUCAACGAAUUAAAUAAAUCUCAUGGUUCAACUGUAUCACGAACGUGGCAGAAUCGUUUUGAUGCUUAUCUUCGAGCUAUUCCCCCAUAUUAUAUCACUCCAUUGCGACGAGUACUCACACGAAAACAACUCCAAUUUGUAUUUGAAUCAUUUGAUAAACAAAAUCCAGCACAACCAACGAUUCUUCUUUCACCACAAAUGCUUGGCUAUUUGAAAAAAAUUCGAUCACAAGCUAAAUCUGAACUUGAUCGAUGGCCACCUAUGCAAGAGAAACCACCGCCACUGAUUCAUCUUCUUCCAUUACGUCCCGAUCUUCUAUUCGAUAAAACAUCAUCAUCAAGUGUAGAUUUACAUGAACCAGGCGAUGACUCAAUUCAUAAUAAUUUCGUUUUACAAUCCAAAUCAAAUUCAAAACAACAACAACCUUUACAAUUAUAUUUAAAUGUAUUCGAUAUUCCACGACCACAAUUACUAGACGUUGUAAUAAAACUACGUCGACAUUUAUUACAAAAUUCAAAUAACUAUGAAAUACAAGAUGAAGACGCUUUACAUUCUGUACCUAUUAAAGAAAUGUCGAAUUAUGAUGAAUAUCCUCGGGCCACUUCACAAAUAGCUCCGUUAAGAGAAAUCGAUGCUCAACCAGUUCGACAACAUGUCUUUGGAAAUCCAUUCAAAGUUAAUAAACCAAUCGAUGAAAUUGAUGAAUUAGUCGGAUCAAGUGCUGUCUCACAACCGCAGCAAGCAACAUCUAGAAAACGAUCUCAAUUAGAAUCAACGUUAACAUCUGGAAUAGGUGGAAUGAAGAAGAAACGUACACCUUUAGUUUUGAAGAAUUAUGUUUAUCGUCGACAUCUAUCCAUUGGUAGUGGUGGUGGUAAUAGUGGUCCUCCGAGUCCUGCAAUAUCUACUACAAGCACCGAUGAUGAGUCAGAUAAUGAAUCAAUAAUAAAUAAUAAUUCAAUGAAUCAUUUUUCAUUUGAUAUUGGUACUGUAUUAGAUGAUGAUCGUCGUCGUUUAAUAAAAAAAUAUCGUGAAAUUAAAAAGAAAGUAAAAUUAUUAUUUCGUCGUCAAGCUGAUCAAGAAGUUUUAACUCUAUUGGAUACAUUUAAUUCAUCAAAUGAAUAUAAAUUAACUUUAAUUAAUGAAUUAAUUUAUGAAUGUCAAAGAUUAAAUCCAUCGUUUGAGUCUCGUCUUAUUCAAUAUAAAAUUAAUAUUGUAACUGAAUCAACAUCAAGAGAAGAUGAACCAUCUUCGUCAUCUUCUUCGAUUAUACUUGAUGAUUAUAUGUGA